AUUUCCCAUUAUAUGAUAACUUCUAAAAAGAAUCUAGAAUUAUAUAUUAGGGAUUUAGCCAAGAUUCGCCAAAUCAGUCGCUCAAUCCAAAAAUUUGAGGGAUUUGUAUAAUUGAUAUCAUUAAAACAAAGGGUUGCCAGAGAUUCGAUUCCUUGUGAAGUCCGUUUCAUCUACGGAUAAAAUAUCUUAUUGUCAUUGAAGCUUGGUUUUUGAUCCGAAGUCUCAUUGGAGUCUGCGAGUUUUAAAUAUUGUGGAGUGUGUAGACAAUGCCCAGGGAGUUGUCACGGUCACGGUCGCCUUCGUACCGGCGACGGCGAUCACCAUCACGGUCACCUGUGGGGCAUAGGUAUAGCAGAAGGAGCCGGAGGGAGAGGAGCCGAUCUCCUUUUUCAUCUUACAGCAGACGAAGAAGUCGUUCUAUUUCUCCUCGACGUCAUAAAAGUCGUUCUCCAACUCCAAGACGUCGUAGAAGUUCUCCAAACUCGAGGCAUUAUAAGAGGCAAAGAAGUAGGAGUUCCUCCUUGUCUCCCGCUCAUAAAUCUUCUAGCCCAAGUCUUGUGCCAGUGGAGCACAAAGUUGCUAAUGAAAAAUUGAAAAAAGAAGAAGAAGAAGAGAGAAAGAGGCGUCAACUGGAAGCAGAACUAAAACUGAUUGAAGAGGAGACAGCAAAGAGAGUUGAAGCAGCUAUUCAGAGAAAAGUUGAAGAGAGCCUGAAUACCGAGGAGAUCAAGAUAGAGAUACAGAGACGUCUGGAGGAGGGGAGGAAAAGGCUUCUUGAUGAAGUCACCAUUCAACUUGAGAAAGAGAAAGAAGCUGCCCUCACUGAGGCAAGGGAAAAAGAGGAACGAGUCCGUAAAGAGAAAGAAGAGCUGGAGAUGAUGCUUGAAGAGAAUAGAAGGAAGGUUGAAGAAUCUCAGAGAAGGGAAGCUUUGGAGCAGCAAAUGAGAGAAGAAGAAAGAUUUAGAGAACUAGAAGAGCUCCAAAGACAUAAGGAAGAAGCAUUGAGAAGGAAGAAGCAGCAAGAGGAGGAAGAACGUUCUAAUCAGUUAAAAUUACUCGGCAAGAACAAGUCUCGUCCAAAGUUGUCAUUUGCGAUUGGCUCAAAAUGAAUAUGGUUGGAUGAUACGAAUGAUUUAGAAAACUUGUAGAGCUUUAAAGACAAAAAGAAAGAAAAGGAAGAAGCACUGAGAAUGAAGUAGAAUGUUUGAAUCGGAUGAGCGAGACAUCUUGGUGGAAGCUGCGGUUUAUAUUUGGCUGAAAAUGAAUAGGGUUGGAUGAUCAAACUUAUUUAAAUGUAUGUGCAUUGUAAUUUGAGAAUGUUAAUCCGUUGAAAACAUUUUUUUUUGGUGUU